UCCUGUGCUCCAGGAGGGAGGAAGGAAGGACAUGUCUAUCUUCACCGAGGAGGAGUCUGCCGCUUGAUUUCCAGUAGCUGCUGCCUGGCCACCGCCUUCUUUUCUACUCUCCCCCCUCCCUUCCUAUCCUGUCCUCCUCACCCUCCUCCUCCUACUCCUCCUCAGCAACUACUGCAGCAGCAGCAGCCUCCCGGUGCCUCCCGGAUCCAUGAAGAAAGCCCCUCAGCACGGCACCGCCUCCGCCACGAUGGACCAUAAGCUAUUAACUGCGUUGUUGUGUUGAUAUCGAGAUAUUUCAGUUAUCAAAUAUGAAUCAUGCAUUUGAUAUUUCUGGCCACUUUGCUCGUCAGCAUCCUCUCGCCUUGGCUUCAUCUAUCACUAGCGUCAUCCGCUUCUCAAGGAGUCGAGGACAAGGUUGAGAGGGACGCAGUGCCGGCUCUGCUGAAGCAACAGGCAACUGCAGCACCUGCUCCAGACAACAGAACACAGCAUGCAGUAGAGCAUGUGAUCACCUACCCCUCACGGUUAAUCUACUACCUGAACGAGGACUCGGAGAGUACCUACCAUGACCUGGACACACGGACCAAGACUCAAGGCACAGAGGGCCAGGCUGUCCAUCUUGCCCAGGCUAGUUUCCAGUUAGAGGCAUUUGGCACAAGAUUUGUUCUGGAUCUAGCACUGAACAAUGACUUGCUGUCUUCGGAUUAUGUUGAGAUCCACUUUGAGGGGGGCAAACCUGUUACGUCAAAGGGUGGGGAGCACUGUUACUACCACGGCCAGGUGAGAGGGAACGACAACUCCCAUGCGGCCUUAUCUACCUGCAACGGGCUGCACGGGAUGUUUGACGAUGGAGUCUUCAUGUAUCUAAUUGAGCCUUUACAGCAGGCCCACUCAAUCGAUACAGCUGCAAGGCCUCACAAACUAAAGAGAGCAGCCUCCUUUAACUGGAAUGAUGAUUCUGAGGAACAGGGUAAAGUUGAUGAGGAGCAGCUCUUCUCUGAGCUCGAUGACUUGUCCUGGCUGAGGCGCAGGAAAAAGCGAGCAAUGCCUCGCAGUGUAUUUGAGGAGAUGAAGUAUUUGGAGGUCAUGAUUGUCAGUGACCACAGUAUGUAUAAACGACACAAGACCAAACAGCACACGAGGAAUUUUGCCAAAUCAGUGGUGAACCUUGUGGAUGCUAUCUUCAAAGAGCAGCUUCAUACACGUGUGGUGCUCGUUGCUGUGGAGAUCUGGACCGACAAGGAUCAGAUCCCCAUCAGUGUGAGGCCGCUGGAAAUGCUGCGGGAUUUUGCCAAGUACCGGCAGCAGAGCAUCAAGCACCAUGCGGAUGCUGUUCAUCUCAUUUCGAAUGUGACCUUCCACUACCGCAGGAGCAGCGCUGCAUACUUUGGAGGCAUGUGUUCUGUGAGCCGUGGAGUCGGGGUCAAUGAGUAUGGCACCAGCUUAUCCAUGGCAGGGUCUUUGUCCCAGAGCCUGGCUCAGAACCUGGGCAUCCAGUGGGACCCAGCAUCCAAGAGAAAGGAAUGCGGUUGUGCUGACUCUUGGACUGGCUGCAUAAUGGAAGACACAGGGGUCCAACAUCCUCGCAGAUUCUCCAAAUGCAGCAUCGCAGACUACAAAGAGUUCCUCCUUAAGGGUGGAGGCUCGUGUCUGUUCAACAGGCCAACCAAGCUGUUUGAGACAACAGAAUGUGGUAACGGAUUUGUGGAAGUGGGAGAGGAGUGUGACUGUGGGGCCAGAUCGGAUUGCUACAAAGAAUGCUGCAAGAAGUGCUCGCUCUCUAAUGGGGCACACUGCAGUGAUGGCCCAUGCUGCAAUAACACAUGUCUGUUUUAUCCACGAGGUUACAGUUGCCGCUACGCUGUAAAUGACUGUGAUAUCUCAGAGACUUGCUCUGGGGACUCUGGACAGUGCCCACCCAACCUUCAUAAGCAAGAUGGUUACUUGUGCCAGGUCAAUCAGGGUCGCUGCUACACUGGAGAGUGCAAAACCAGAGAGAACCAGUGUAAAUACAUCUGGGGGUCGAAGACUGGAGGCUCAGAGAAGUUCUGCUAUGAGAAGCUAAACACGGAAGGGACAGAAAAGGGCAACUGUGGGAAGGAAGGAGAAAAAUGGCUCCAGUGUAGCAAACAUGAUGUGUUCUGUGGUUACCUUUUGUGUUCCAACAUUGGCCGCAACCCACGCAUAGGAAUGAUAAAAGGAGACAUUACCCCUACAAUCUUCAACCAUCAAGGCAGGCUGAUAGACUGCAGUGGAGGCCAUGUCCUUUUGGAUGAUGAGAGUGAUUUAGGCUACGUGGAGGAUGGGACUCCCUGUGGGCCGUCAAUGAUGUGCCUUGACCGCAAGUGUCUGCCCAUCCAGUCACUGAAUAUGAGCACCUGCCCCACUGGACCUAAUGGACAGGUGUGCUCUGCCCAUGGGGUGUGCAACAAUGAAGCCACAUGCACCUGUGACACCACCUGGGCGGGGACAGACUGUAGCAUGCCUGACCCACCGAAAGAGCCUGAGGCCACUCAGGAAGAAGGAAACAAGGGUCCUAGUGCCACCAAUCUAAUAAUAGGCUCCAUCGCCGGAGCCAUCCUUGUGGCUGCCAUAGUGCUGGGGGGGACUGGAUGGGGCUUUAAAAAUGUGAAGAAACGGCGAUACGACCCCAACGCCACAGCCAUUUAACCCAAGGAGAGAUGGCAAUCACAGACGGACUCCUCCAAGGCUUCCUUAGUUGGCUACCUGACAGCUGGACUGCACUUAUUGCUGCUGAUUUUUGGCAUUAGAUUUACUUGAAAAUGACAUAGUGGACAUUUUAAUAAAUUCCAUCGUAGUUACAUUAGAAUUGCAGCCUUUUCAACUCCACCACACCCAUGUAACAAAACCACAACCCCACCCCUGAUCUCUAGAGUGACAGAGCUCCUCUUCCAUCCUUUAGUGCCAGUGCACAGGCGUUCAGGCGGAACUCACACCACUCUCUCACCUGGCAUGAUUAUCUGCACACAGCGUGCUGCUUGCUGGCCCCCCUGGCAUGAAGAGCCCCCUCAGCAGGACUCUGCAUGGCUACGAAAAGCUAUGAAUAUACCGCAAAAAAAAACUUACAAAGAGAAAAAAAAAACGUAAUAACCUUCUGCAGGAGACAGCCUUGUUUUGAACCAAACCCAGUGACAAAGCCGGUUAAAGCUCCUAUAGUUCACUUUAAGGUGCUGUAGAUGAUAAAGGGGGCUGCAUGUGAGGACCCAUAAGGGCAGUGCAUUUCACACAGUGAAUGUACACAUACACACAACCUGUACAUAAAUAAGGAGACCAGGUUUGGAAUAAACAGCAUAUUUUACAAGGACAUCAAUUGCUUUUGUUUUUUAUCUUCGCAUGUUGUAUAGCGGGUGUUUUUGGCAAUGUUAUCGAAAAAAGUGCAAUUGGGAUUAUGGCCAAAAUUGUAGUUGCACGCUGCACUAAGCCUCCUGUGAUCAUCUGGGCGGAGGUCAAAGGAUAGAUUCACCGCAGCAGGGCAAGGUGGUUGUGGUGUCGAGGAGAAGCAUGUCAGUUCUAGAAGAUUCAGACUGACAUCCCGUCAGAUUAAAGUCACAAGAAUCCCGCCCCUCCCCGAAGUAUCCCAAACAGUGACUCAAAAGCCAAAGAACCAAUCACCAGAACAUAUGGAUGUUGUUGCACACAGAGCACUUUCCCCUCUGUCUGCAGCCAGUGGUGCCUCUCCUACUGCUGAGGGCAUGAAGUCUGUCUAUGCAGGCACUCACCUGUCCAGCCAGGUCUCACGUAACAGUCCUCAUCAACACCCACUAUACUGGCUUAACCUUUUUGCUCUCAUAAACUCUUAGCAGAAAUCAAGUUCAGCUCUACUGGAAACGCUGCAUGCAAUCACUAUAGUGGGCUUAUAAUUCUAUAUGGGAGUCCCCAAAAUCCGCAAGAAAAAUAUGCUACAAAAGAUAGGUGCAUGUCAACAACAAAAGAACAUUUAACUUUUAUUUACUAUGCAAAGAGAGAAAUUGCACAAAAGUAUGGGUAAUAAUAAUAAUGUAGACUUUGAAUUACAGAAACCUCUGCUAAUCAGCUAAUCUUUUGUAUUUGGCCACUCCCACGUCUCGUUUCACUUCGCUUCAACAUACUCAAACUAUCAAUGGACUAAUAAAAAAGAACUGAAUUAAUAUUUCCAAUGACAAAUCGAGAGAGCACCCUUUUACAUCUGUGGAACUGAGAAUCAUUUUUGUGUGUUUUUCAUCUGAUCUGAUAUUUUUAAUCACAUACAUGCACAAACACAUACACUAAAACACUGUAUGGUGCCUGUGCAUAUUGAGGACUGAAAAGUUUCCUUUUGCAGGGCUUUUAUUCCCAGUCCAGCUGAUAGUUGGUGUGUUCCAGGUGCUGCCAUAGCACUGGCAUCGUUGUAAUCCUCCAUGUAACUCAUUGUCUGGUGUCCCUCUCUCACUGCAUCAUGUACAGUUGGACCGAUGAAUAAACUAUUGACAAAUUUUA